AUGUCUACUGCCGGAGUUUUUCAUACUCUAGUAUAUCCCGGCGUCAAUCUAGAUGCUAAUGAGGGACCUAAGAUAAACUCUGUCUCUGGGGUCUUCAUUGGCAUCUCUCUCAUCACAAUCUUUGUUCGCGUGUUCUCAAGAUGGUGGACGAAAAUAGAGUUUUGGGUUGAUGACUACCUGAUUCUUAUCGGCGCCGCAUUUUCAAUUGCAUAUAGCGCUUUGCUAAUCUUCGAGGUCCAGCAUAACUAUUACGGUCAACACAUAGGAAAGAUGGAUAUACCUCAUCUCAUGUCCUUUGUGAAAGGCUUAUAUGUGGCCACAAUAAUGUAUUCAAUUGCUUUGACUUUCAGCAAACCCUCCCUUCUUGCUCUAUACUGGAGAAUCUUUCGCGUCCCAAAGGGUCAGAUGCCAUUCAUUGUGGCCGCAGCAGUAAAUAUUGCUUGGAUGACAGCUGCUGUGCUUGCUGGGAUUUUCUUAUGUGUACUGAUCGCAUCAUUCGAGGAUGCAACAAUUGAAGGAAAAUGCAUAAAUUAUCCGGUUUUCUUCCUAUCCAACGAAGCUUUCUCAAUUGCACUCGAUAUCGUAGUGCUUUUGAUGCCAGUAUACUUCAUUUCUUCAAUCGAAAAAUCUCUGUCGCAUCGCAUCUCCAUCAGCAGCACAUUCCUAGUGGGUUUGAUAGUGACAAUACUAUCUUACCUCCGAUUAUGGAGACUUGUUCACGCUGAAAAGCUUCCUGGACCUGACCCUUCUUUCGAUGAUGUCGAUGCCGGACAUUGGGCAGCUACAGAACUUAAUACAUGGGUUCUUGUGGCCUCAAUCCCGAUGUCCAAACCAAUUAUCGUGAAGAUUUUGAAAGACAGAAAAGCGCGCCAGUCUGCUGCCUCCGGCAAUCACGCAGAUUAUUCCAAAUCGAUAUCGACAAAUAAAGGGUACGAACGUUCGAGAGGAAAUUCUUUCCCUUCCACAACUAGUGGGGACCAGCUAGAUCUAGUCGAAAGAUGUGCGAUUCGUGAGAAUUCAUCUCAAAAUGAAAUGGAACUUGAUGUUAGAGGAUAA